GCUCACCAGCGCAAUCGCGCUCCUCGAGCAUGUCCUCGCGCGGUCACCGCACGCCUUCACUCUCGCUCGACCUUUCUGCUGUGCCCGCACUCAUUCAACCUUCUCCUCCAUCGAACACCCUUCUCAUAACGAACCUUCAAGAUCCGGCCAUCUUUCACCCUUCGACGUUGCACGAGAUCCGAACCCUCAUCAAUGAUUCGGCACAAAUUCACUCAUGGUCGCCACUCCGUUCUUUCCGACGCAUCAUUGUGUCCUUCUAUGACGAAGAAUCCGCCAUCAAGAUUCGCAAAAUCCUUGACGGCGAAGCCAUAAUGGGUCACCGCGUGCGCGUCUACUUUGGAGAACCGACACCUAUUCAGCCCGUCGACCAGCAUCUCGGAUUACCCGACGCACCCAAACUCUUCUUUAUCAGUCCCCCGCCGAGCCCGCCUCACGGAUGGGAGUUGCGCAACGAGGACCCCCCCAACAAGGAGGUGCACGCCGAGGAUUUGGCAGACGCCUUGUCCAAACUACACGCCACGCAGACAACUGUUGCUUCAUCAGAGCCUGCAUCACCUGUUGCUUCGCCGCUUGACGGUUUCAAGUCCCGCGAGAACGUACUGAACCGUCACCGAUCUGGUAGCUCCACCAUGCUCUACCACCCCCAGGACCAUGGAGGUAGCCCUGAUCUACCCGCCAUUGCGGUUGAGGACACGACCGAUCUACUAGCUGAGCCGAGCCCCAUCGAAAGCUCAACCCAACAACUACCAAUGGCGCAUACUUCUAGACCGCCGGUCGAGUUGAUGUCUGAUGCAUAAGCCAUCGACUUAUGUAAAUCAUUAUUUUCUUUUUCACGCUCGCUUCGGUCUCUUAUCAGAAAUCGUCAUCAUCGGCCAAUCGGAAUGUUUACAUUUAUUUUUUUCUUUAUGUCGGCGUUUUGAGGACGGAAUUGCUUCAAGCUUCGGAGUCUAAUCAGGUCACUCGCACGCAGCAUGAUUGAUCUCGGGUCCCUGGGAGCGGAGGAGCGGGAUUGUGCGCAUCAGCAUUAGCAUUAAAUGGCGUUUUCGGGUCGUUUGCUCUUAUUCUAUCUAGAAUCACUUGUUCAUUGGCAAGAAUCAGCAUAACCAAUGUAUAAUGACUUAUCAAAGCAUGGUACCUUAUAAAAGUGUAAAUGUCAAUUCCCAAGAAACUUUAUAUAUUCGCGUAUCCUAAGGAGCAAUAUAAAUCCUUUAAUAUGGUG